ACAUUCUGAGGUUGCUUGAUUCAACUUGACUUUCCCCAUGUUUUUGUUGAAUUCUUUAAGAGGAAUUACUCGCGGCAACCGGUCGAAAAAACAUCAGAAUAAUUCCAAUUCGGGAAAUUCAACAUCGGGGUCACCAUUUAAAAAGAGCUCUACGGUUCAAUUGUCAAGAACAAAUUCUCCUAGCUCGAAUCAACCCCCUCUUUACUUGCUGCAACCAUUUGUUCGAAAUCAUCUAGUGAAAGGAAACUUCCUCACAAUUGUAUCUUUGCCGAAAUAUGUGGAUUUGGAUGAAUGGCUUGCAUUGAAUGUUUAUGAGCUUUUUACUUAUUUGAACCACUUUUAUGAUGUCUUUACUUCGUUCUGUAGAGUAGACACAUGUCCCAUUAUGCUGGCAGGAUCCAAUUUUGAUUACAAAUGGUUAGAUAAUAACCGUAAGCCUCUCUCUUUACCAGCACCUCAGUAUAUAGAAUAUGUUUUGGCCUGGAUUGAAAAUCGACUGCAAGAUCAAAACGUUUUCCCAACAAAAGCAGGCUUACCCUUUCCUACGAAUUUUCAUGCAAUUGUACGAUCUAUUUAUAAACAAAUGUUUCGCGUAUUUGCUCAUAUAUAUUAUGCUCAUUAUGGAGAGAUCCUUCAUUUAUCUUUAGAAGCACAUUGGAACUCUUUUUUUGCUCAUUUCAUUGCAUUUGCAAAAGAAUUUCAUCUUUUAGAUCCCCGUGACACGUUCCCUUUAAAAGACCUAAUUUCGGUUUUAGAAGAGCAAGGAAAUAUUUAAUACCGUAUUAUUCCUCUAUCAUUCCGGUUAUUAUGAUUUUAUAGUUUCUUCGUCUUCACUUUUUUUUCCUUUCAAUUAAGUUUCCUACGGAAACGAUCCGAUUUUUGUUUUGCAUCAUGUUUCACUCCUAAUUACCUACUUCAUUACCAUUAAAAAAAAAUGUCUUCCUUAUUUGUUUUGAUGCCCAUUCAUGAGCGCCUUUUUUGUUUUCUUUUUUUUUUUUUUGGAUGCUCCCUCUUCAUCGAUUGUUUGUCUUUCCGCAAUGCAGUCUUCUUUGUUUUACUAAACCGUCGGUUUAGACAGGUACUUUCUAUAUCCUUGGCUAAAAAUGUGUUGGCCUCAGUGUAUUUUGACGCUUAUUAUCAUGAUUUCAUUGGUUCGCAUUUUGAGCUAUUUUUGUUUCCAAUACCUAUGAAUUGUUUGGAUUUUUCAUUGUUAUAAACGCUGUUUUUUGCUUUAUUUGGUUUACUCUACUAAGACAGUUCAGUAAAUCUUUGUUUCUUACAAGUGGUGGGAUUCCAAAAGUUAUGAUCUUUAAUUUAUAACAUGAUUUAGAGCAGAUUAACUAAUCUUCAUUUUAAGAAUAAAAUUCUUGAUUUAUUGCGGUAAGUAUUAUCUACUUGAGAUCAUAAAGGUUGGUAGCAAUGGCACAUAAACG